GGGAAAUGAGAGAAUAAUUUGAGUCGUUGAUUUAGUGAGUGGUCUGGGAGGGGCACCCAGCAAUAAACGACGCCGUCCGAUUUCAAAUUUCCAACUCUCUCUCUGUAUCUGGCGGGUUAUCAGUUUGUGCAGCAUGGAUGGGAAUGAUGUGGCCUCAGAUCAAGUCAUUGCUGAAUUGCUAGAUAUGGGGUUUGAUAUCUUAGACAUCACACAAGCAAUAAAGGCAGUGGGUGCAUCACUGGAUAAUGCAAUCGAGUUUAUCUUGAAUAGCUCUCAUAGAAAUGACAGGAAUGCAUCAGCGAGUUCGAUGUGUCCUACGGACAACAAAGUUACUAGGAAAAGAGGCACUUCCUCGUUUAAGCCUCCUGCUAAAUUGCGACAACAGAACAUAACAGAACAACUGAAAUUGUCAUCUGCACCCAAGAGAAUCAAGACGACAGGUGUUUAUAAUGCUUCAGUCUCUAAUACAAAUUUCUUGACAUGUGGAAAAGAACCGGUCGUUUCUUCGACUGUCAAAAUUGAUUUGGAUCUCUGUCAAGAAAUUGGCAUGGUGCCAUCUUAUUGCAAAAAAGAUGAAAAAAUGUUUGGAUUGGAUUGGGAAAGGAACGCAAAUGAUCUUCUUCAGAAGAAUUUUGGAUAUUCAUCCUUGAAGGGCUUUCAGAAAGAGGUUCUUGCAGCCUGGAUGGCUAACCAAGAUUGUCUAGUUCUCGCAGCAACAGGAUCUGGAAAAUCAUUAUGUUUUCAGAUUCCAGCUUUAUUAUCUGGAAAGGUGGUGGUGGUUAUCUCACCAUUGAUUAGCUUGAUGCAUGACCAGUGCUUGAAACUAGGAAAGCUUGGGAUUUCAGCUUGUUUCCUGGGAUCUGGUCAAAUCGACAAGAGUGUUGAAAACAAAGCAAUGAAUGGUGCAUAUAGCAUCAUUUAUGUCUGCCCAGAGACUAUUAUAAGAUUAAUGAAACCGCUUCAAAGCUUAGCUGAAACCCGUGGAAUUGCAUUGUUUGCAAUUGAUGAAGUUCAUUGUGUUUCGAAAUGGGGACAUGAUUUUCGACCUGACUACAGGCGACUGUCCAUAUUAAGACGGAGCUUCAGUGCUGAGCACUUGAAAUGCCUAAAGUUUGACAUUCCCUUGAUGGCUUUGACUGCCACUGCAACUAUUCGUGUUCGUGAAGACAUAUUAAAGUCAUUAUGCAUGUCAAAGGAGACGAACAUUAUCACAACAUCAUUUUUCCGGCCAAAUCUUCGUUUUUCGGUAAAGCAUAGUAGGACAUCUGUGUCUUCCUAUGAGAAUGAUUUCAGUGAGUUGAUAAAGUUGUACACAAAAGACAAGACAGCACUCAAAAAGUUUGUACUGAAAAAUCUUGAUGGUGGCUCUAAAAUCUCAAGUUGUACUCCUAAUGGUGGAACAUCUGGAUUACGUGAAAUGCGCAGAAACAUGAAUGAUAGUGAUGAUUCAGAUGAUGAUGGUUUUCAGGACUCUCCAGAGGAGAAAUUGUCUGUUCAAUUUCUGGAAGAUGAUUAUGAUAGAGUGCAAGGAGCUGAUGACUUUGAUGUUUUUUAUGGCGAAUCUUGUGGACGCUCAUCUCUAGAAUUCAGAAGUUGUGGGACUUCUGACUCCAACAAUCUGGUGAGUAAAGCAGGGAAAAGACCAGCACUACAUCAAGGACAUCUGGAAGAAGGACCAACAAUAGUAUAUGUACCUACUAGAAAACAAACUUUGAGCUUAACUAAGUUCCUUAUAAGUGUUGGUGUAAGGGCAGCUGCUUAUAAUGCCAAGUUGCCAAAGUCACAUCUCAGGCAGGUGCAUGGACAAUUUCAUGCAGAUGAGUUACAGGUGGUCGUUGCUACUAUUGCUUUUGGAAUGGGGAUUGACAAGUCGAAUGUCAGACGGAUCAUUCAUUAUGGUUGGCCACAGAGCUUAGAAGCAUAUUACCAAGAAGCUGGUCGAGCAGGUCGGGAUGGAGAAUUAGCAGACUGUGUGCUAUAUGCUAAUCUAUCAAGAAUACCUACUCUUUUGCCAAGUCAAAGAAGUGAAGAGCAGACAAAACAAGCAUAUCAGAUGUUAUCUGAUUGCUUCAGGUAUGGAAUGAAAACUUCUUGUUGUAGAGCCAAAAUGCUUGUAGAAUACUUUGGUGAAGAGUUCUCUACUGGCAGAUGUAACUUAUGUGAUGUCUGUACCAAUGGGCCGCCAGAAAUUCAGGAUUUGAAAGUGGAGGCAACACUGCUCUUGCAGCUUAUUGCCACAUAUUAUGCAAAUAAAACUUGUCAAGGUGAAUUCUCCAAUGAUGUUGAGUCCAUGAAGUUAAUAGGGAACCCAAAUAUUAGAGCAUUUGUCCGUAUGAUAAGAGAAGAGAAUCACAAAUAUGCUGCAAGUGACUUCACAUGGUGGUGUGGUCUUGCACGUAUAUUAGAAGAAAGAGGGUUCAUAAUCGAGGGAGAUGGGAUGAAGCAUGUCCAGAUAAAGUUUCCAGAACCAACAGAGUCGGGACUGCAGUUUUUGAAGUCAGAUUCGGAAGAAGCAUUUCUUGUUUACCCAGAGGCAGACAUGCUGCUGUCGACAGAAACAUGCAAAUCAUACUCCAGUUUCUCAGAGUGGGGGAAAGGAUGGGCAGAUCCUGAGAUUCGUCGUCAGCGCUUGCAAAGGAGAAGGGGGUCGAGGAGGAAACCAAGAUCCCGUAAGCCUAACUUGAGCACUGUUCGGGGGCGGCUAUCUGCUAAACUCACAAAAUAGAUACUUCCAUAUUGUAUUUCAUCAUCAAGAAGAAGAUCCGCAUCAUGUCAACAAUAUUUUUUAACAUGCAUUGUUAAUUACUUCACCAGCUAGCUGGAUUUACUUAAUGCAUAAGCUGGUUUCAGUCCA